GCCAGCAACCAGGGCCGUUGUGAGUUCGUAAUAUUAUUAAAUUUUGAUCGGCAACUCAAAUGGUCGUAUAAUCACCACUUUUGGAACAUCGAAGCCAUUUUUACAUAUUUUUUGGCAAUAUUCGUUUCAUCUUCUAUUUUCUCAGAUCUCUCUCUCUAUUCGUCAUCGACACUGGUUGUCUGAUAUGGCUUCCCCAACUGACCGGGAACUCAACACUAGCCAGGGCCCGUCAUCCACCACCUCGAGACCAAUCCCUGCCUUGAAGAGAAAAAGAGCCAAACGUAGCUGUGACUUUUGUCGAAAACGAAAGAGUAAAUGUGAUGCUGAUACGUCUAUCCCAUGCACAAACUGCCUUGCGUGGGGCUUCGAAUGUCAAUUUCAAUCCAAAAGUAAGAAAAGGGGUCCCAGAUCACCUUACGUUACCAGCCUUGAAAAGCGCUGCAGAGAUCUCGAGAACCUUUUGAGGAAGUACACAAAUGACAUUCCAGAGCAACAAGCUAUCCCAAAGAGUGAUGAUGAGAUGUCGGAUGAUCAAAAUGGUGACAUGGAGGAAGCGAAUGCUCCCGGAAGUGACGACAAGGAAACGAGCCCUCAACUGUCAGCCACUAAUAUCGUUCAUCGACAAGACGGCUUGGAUGCUGUCUCCGCCCAAGAUCUUCAGGAGCGAUUUUCUCAAAUAUCAUUGGAGAAUUACGAUACUAUCAAGUACACAGGCUCAAGUGCUGGUUUGCGAGUCUUGAAUAAGUCUCUCUUUAAAGACGGUCAGAUUUUAUGGCCCGGUAGACAAAAUGUUGUGUUGCAAAUGCUCCCACAGGACGAAGUCGUGGUUCUCAAAACCGAUUUAUCUGAAUCUGGUAACCCUCAAGUUAAAAUGGGGAUAGGUAUUGGUAUGCAAAUGGGAAUUUUUGGUUCAGACACAAAAGGCUGGUCACCCGACGAUGCUUGUAAAAAGAAUUGCUUAUACACGUCUAUGGUGGAUCGGUAUGUCACUGUGGACGAACGAAAAGCGCUUGUGGAUGCAUAUUUUCGAGAAAUCCAUCCGGUUCUGCCCAUCUUGAACAAACGUCGCUUCCUACAACAAUUUGAAGCCGGCACGGUCCCUCCAGUGUUGUUAUUUUCUGUCUUGGUUGUCGCUUAUCGUUAUGUCAAACCUCUAGACAUGCGUAUUACCGUUGAAAAUGAGGAUUUCGGGGAGUACUUAUACAAGCGGACCAUGACGUAUUUACGAUGUUAUGCGAGCAAAAGUGUGAUCCACAUUGUCCAAGCCAACGUUUUGAUGGUCGUUUACUUGGAUUUGGAGGAUAGUGACACUGAGUCUCUACAAUGGUAUGCUUUAGGCACUGCCAUACGAAUGGCUCAGGAAUUGGGCCUUCAUCGGAGCUCAGCACGUUGGAAAAUUCCCCAGAGUGAAAUUGAAACGCGACAUCGAUUGUUUUUUGCUUGUUACAUAUUAGAUCGAUGGAUUGGUGCCCGAUCCGGAAAACCUUUAACUAUACUGGAUCGCGACUUCGAUACGGGAUUUCCAAGUGCAUACGAGAUACAUGACUCUGACGAUGCAGGCAGCGGUUUUACUGAAAACGAUGGCCGUGAUGAUACUGGUAUGGAUGAAGAACCGCCAUACCUAGCCUUCAUUCACUUGAUCAAACUAUCGGAGAUACUAGGUCGAAUUUUGAAGGCCUUAUACGCGCCAAAAGCAAAAUACGCAAAUCACAAUGCUGGCAUUGACGAUCCUACCAUAUUACUUGUCUUUGAUCGACGAUUGAAUCAUUGGAAGGCGACGGUGGAUGCAGGUAUGAUACCGAAAGGAAAAGGGGAACCAAAGCCAGACCCGGAUAAUCCCGACUUGAUGGAAGCACACAACUUAAAAAUCAAUCCUCAACAUCGAGUGAUGUUGGAUAUGUGCUACCACAUAUCUCAACUACUAUUGCAUCGGCAGUUCAUACAAGUGCCAACAGUAGAACUCGACUCUGCGAUGAAAGACCUGAUCAACCACUCGCAUUCAGUAUGCACGCAAGCCGCCGUGAAUAUCAAUGUUAUAUCUCAAGAAACGGAAUUGCGCCAUUUCAUCGGCGUAUCUCCAACUACUUUGAUUUACGCAGUUUUCCAAGGCGCCUUGAUUCAUAUGUACAACAUCAACGGUGAUAUAAUGAAGAUGCAGUCCAAAUUCAAUUUGAAAAGAAGCAUGAGCUUCUUAGGCGAAAGACGAAAAUGGCUGGCCGUUUCAAGAGUCAUAGAGAUUUUGAAGCUCAUGGCCACCCUUAAUGGUAUUGACGACCAGAUAUUCGCGUCAAGUUUAGAAGAUAAUCAAGCUGAAGCUUUGCAUGCUGCCGAAAGCUCGUCUACAACGGCAGCAAAGAAAAAGCGAAGACCCCGAACGGCUUCCAAGUCUGCCAGCGACGCUAUCGUCAAAACGGAAAUAGAGGAAGCGACAGAAGUCGUAGACGAAAUGCCCAAGGGGCAAUGGAUUCAACGAAUGAUGAGCACCAGCGUCGUGGGUGGCAUUACUCCUGACAUCCAAGCAUCUAUAAGCUCAGUGCUGUCUAUGAACAACGCAGCGUUAAGAACUGAUUCAGGCAUGGAAAGCCAACCUACCAACAUGGAUUCUACGUUGCCUGAUGUCAAUAUGCGACCGGCUACCAUGCUUCAGCAAAUGCCAGAUACAACCCUAAUACCUUGGCAUCAUCUGCAAAUGCUUUCUCAACAAAGUUACGUCCCAUACCCCAUGUAUGCCACGCAUAACGCUCAACAAGUGGGAAAUAUGCAUACGACGCAUCCUAACAUGUAUGGUGUUCAACAACCGUAUCCUAUACCUGUCAACCCGAAUGUGUCCAACAAGCCAGAAUUUCAACAAGGUUCACAGAGUGCUCCGACAAUGUUUCAACAGCAACACCCACCUUUAGCUGGAUCACUACCACCACGCCCGCGGCAAGAUGUGAAUACACUUAUGCCUCCUGGUAGUCUAAAUUGGGAAGACUGGAACAGCUAUGUUGAUCAGGAAACAAAUCGUCAACAAUAGUAUAAUCAGACAAAACUAAAGUUUUGGGACAAACGUUGAGUCCCUUGUGAGGUCGUUCCAUUAUGAUCUACGGAACAUCGUUUGUUUCUUUUAGUGUAAAUAGUGAGCGUUUAAUACUGUCAUUCAUGCUCUUUCUACCUUUCUUUUUUCAUCUCUACCUUCUUAUCUAUUAAAGUUA